AUGGCUCAGUAUUAUCAAAUAGUUGGGCAAGGACAUCAUUUGACACUUGAAGAUCUACAGAGAUAUUGCCCUAAUAUUUGUUUGGAUGGCAUUAUAGUUAACCAAGAUGAUCCACAAUAUGGCCAACAGCAAGUUGUAGUCCAACAAGCAGACCAGCCAAAUGAUAUUGUAGUGAGUGAAAGUGCACAGCCACAAUUAGUUGUUGGAGAUGGGUUGCAAUAUCAGCAACAGUAUAUCAUUCGCCAUGAAACUCCCCCAACACGCACAGAUUUUCAACCACAACAACAACCACAACAACAACAACAACAACAGCAGCAACAGCAACAACAAGCUUUACAUAGACACCAGGUUUACUACACUUCUGAUUUACCUGUGGAUGCUCAGGUUGUGUUGCAACAGGCUCAACAGAUCAUUGAUGCAUCUUUGAUGCAACAGCCAACACCUCAACGUCCACAACAUCAGUUAGUAAGCCCUGCUCAUGUGCUUUCCCAACCCACUGUGAUUCAUCCAGCACAACAGCCACCACCACAGCCUCCACCUCAGUCGGCAACACCUCAACAUGGUUCUACUCAAAAUCCACCGCAACUUUCAAGAGCAUCACCUCAACUCAUACAACACUUGCAACAACAACAUCAGCAGCAAAUCCACUUACAACAGCUCCAGCAACAGCAGCAGCAGCAACAACAACAACUUCAUCAGCUGCAGCAGCAGCAGCAUUUGCAACCACAGCAGAUUCAACACCAACAAGUUGUUAUGCAUGCUGCUUACAUCAACCAACAGGGCACGCCAUCAAGGCAACCGCCACCGCGGCUUCUAAACCAAACACUAAGCAGUCCUGCGGGAGUGACUUUAGUAAGAACUCCCGUAAGGACUGUUAGGCCGCGCCGACCAGCGGGGAGGGCGUCGUUAGCGAGUCCAUCCGCUAUGCAAGUACCCACGCGGCUCCUCAAUCCCCAACACCAACAGGGCCAGAGCAGUCCGGUAAACGUGCGCGGUCUGACCCCCACGAACGCGGCGGCGAGCGUAGGCGGUGCGGUAGUAGCGGGCGGAACGCCGGUGCGAGGGGUGCGCGCCCCGAGGCCCGGCUCCCCGCGCGUCCUCAACCCGCACGCGCAACACCGGCCCGCGCGGCCCCGCACUCCCCUCGCUCAGGCCCAACAACAUCAAUUAGCGCAACAUGUUGUCAGUCAGCAAGUCCACCAGCAGCAACAAGUUCAACAACAAAUAAAUCAGCUGAAAUUGACAACACAACAACAGCAGAUACUCCUCAGCCAACAGAACGCGGGCCUUUCACAACCAACGCGUAUUAUCACCCAACAAGGCACAAUUGUAACACAAGCCCUACAGACACAAAUGGCACAACAUACUGUCGUACAAACGAACCAAAAUAACGGACCACUACCUCAACAGAAUACGUUAAAUACAACUGCGCAAAGAGUUUCCCCACAUCCUCAAGUCCAACAACAAGUUAAAAAAGUGGUUGUGCAGCCAAAUAACGCCAGCGAUAUGGAUGAUCUCGAAGAUAGUAUUACUGCAGCUAUAGUCCAAAAACAUCCAGCAGUUAAUGAAGGCAUUAACUCGCCCCAACAGUUUCAUAUACCCUCUCCUCAAAAUAUCAGACAAGGCCUCCCGGGCGGAUCGGUGCUGCCACAACAUCAAGUAUCAUUUAGCCCUCAACAUUUUCAACAACAACAGACUGCAUUUGAGACAUCUCAUUUACAUCAAAACCCAUCAACUCUCAGUAAUCUCCUAAUGGAUUCAGAUAAUUCAGAAGAAGAAAGACAUGUGCUUACAUUGACUAAUGGUCAGAGAAUAACGCUUGCCGAAUAUAAAAGAUUGCAUCAGCCUCGAUCACAAAAGCAACUUGUUCAGCAACUGCAGCAACCAGGAGAAACUGGACGGCAAACCCUAGUAAAAAGUAAAGAACAACCCCGACCAGUACAAAGAGUAUCUCCUAUGCAAAAUCAACAGCAGUCAAUGCAGCCUGAUAACUCUGAAGCAAGUAGUGGACCAUCUGAACAAAAUCCAGAACCACAAUCUGCCAAAAUGUUAAUUUUUCUCCAGAACGGUGAACAGAGGUUGAUAACAUUUACUUUGCCCAAAGAGAGCUGUACACUUCAAGAAGUGCUUGAGCAGGUCAAUGUUCCUUUUUCGGAAGACACACAAAUACAAUGCAUGCAAAACACUAGCAGUGAAAUUGACUACUUUGUCUCUGUUGGGUCGACAACAAGAAUAGAAGAGAUGUUAGAAAAUCAUCCGAUGCUUAUUGGUGAUAUAAAUAGAAGAGGCUCACCUAGUACAUUAUCACAAUCACAAAAUAGUGAAAUGUCGACACCAGAAAAGAGUCAGUGCCCUGACAAUGUAGGUAAUAGUCCAGAAUCUCCUGAGCAGCGAUCACCACCUCCACGAUAUGUCGACGGCAUGUUGGCAUUAUGUAAAUCCUGCGGUUAUACUGGUUUUGAUUUUAGUCGCUGCCAAAGAUGUAAAAGAGUAUUUACGGAAGAGCCUAAAAGUGUGCCCAUAGCAAGUAAAAAAAUAGAACAAAAAAAGAAAGAGCCAGAGAAGACUGUCUUAGAUAAACAGAACAUCAGUACCGAUGGUAUAAAGUUAAAUUUAUUGAAGACCACAGUGAAAACAAUCAAUAACAAAAAUGAUAAGAAACCAGCAAGAGUAAGAAAACCGAGGGGAAAGCAACCUGACCCAGAGCCUGUCAUAUUGACUUUGAGUUCUGAUGAAGAAGACUCAAACAGCUCUAUGCUAAGUAAUCAGCAUGAACAGACUAUAAAUGUAAAAGAACCAUCUCUAAGUGAGAUUGAAGGUGGGACCCCAGACAGCGGUAUUGGCAUGGACCAGAUGGAUGAUGGAAGUCGAGAAGAAAUUAAUCCAAACAAUUUACAAGGAAUUAUUACUUCACUUAACUGCCGUACUAUUAGAAUUGGAUCAUAUAGAUACACACCCAAAGAAAAGGUAUACAUAUCAUGUAAAGGUAUUAAAAUUGUUGCACCCUCCCUUAAAAAUGAAUCUAGAGAAGUAGCAUUGCAAAUACAAUUGAAAGAGGUUGUCAGAAUAUUAGUCCAUUUUGGAAAAGGACUACCAGUUAUUUUUUUGUAUACAAUGAGCAAAUGUGGAGUUUAUAUAAGAAAAGCGUUAGAUAUGACAGAGGAAUCUGGCCCAUACUACAAUCCUAUGUCAGUUAUAGAUCCUUUUAAAAGGAUAACAUUGUUGCCAGAGUGCAUUACAGAUGAAGCAAAAAUUGCCUUAAAAGCUUUAUUUGGUAAGGUAAUGGAUGAACUAAAUGCCCGCGAAGCUAAUGAUAUUUUAGUUAGGACAUGUCCUAAAGAUAGUGGUAGUGUUGCAAAAUUAGCAACUAGAUCUAUAAGUGCUUCCAGUGCUACUGGAAAUAAAAGCUCUAAUGCUGCAGAAAUAAGGCAGAUUUUAAUUUAUCCACCUGGUAAGGGAGAGGGUUGUAAAAGUAUGAUUGACAAUAGAGCUGUGACACCUCAGAAAAUUAAAAAAAAAGAACGACGGUCUUCUAUUCAAAUAGGCAAUACUACAAUUACACCUCUUACAAAGCAAGAACAGCUAACAUUAAAUUGUGACUCAGACAAUCUUAGUGAGCGAGAUGAAGCCGAAGCAGAGGAAAGUGAUUUAGACAUGCAAUGUGAUACGGAUGAAGAUGAAGCAGAGAAAAAUGACAAAAAAAAUGAACUCUUACCUUUAGCCAAAAAUGAACCUAUAAAGCAACCGUGUAUAUUAAUAUUUGACUCAUUGGCUGGUGCCUCAAGAUCAAGAGUUGUUGCUACUCUGCGUGACUACCUCACAUGUGAAUAUCAAGCAAAAAUAUGUAAGAAUAAAAUAUUUAAUAAAGACAAUAUCAAAGGAAGCUGCCCAAAAAUACCUCAACAAAAUAAUUUUACAGAUUGUGGUUUAUACUUGCUGCAAUAUGUAGAACAAUUUUUUAAGGAUCCCAUUCUAGAUUACUCAUUACCAAUAAAGCAGCUGGCUAACUGGUUUGAUGAAAUUGUUGUUACACGUAAACGAGAGGAAAUUUCUAACCUAUUAAAAUCUUUAAUGCACAAAUUUAAUCCAGACUCACAUUUGAAUUUACCUGACAUCACAUUCCCAACAUUAAAUGGUAAAUUAAUAGAGCCUGAGGAGCAGCAAGAUGAAACAGAAGGUGAUAAAGGAAAUUCCAGUAAACUGACGAAAAUAGAUGGUAAAGGUCCUGAGCAACCAAUGGUCACAAUCGUCAAACAGAUGCCUACUGAAUGC